AAGCAAACAAUAAUAAAGAUUUUCUUAGAGAUUUAAUUAACAACUUCGAAUACAUAUCAGAAAAUGAUAUAGAAGAUAUUGAAAGUAUGGGAUUAGCAAGCAAAAGUCUUAUAUCAAAUGGAAUUGAAAUAGGAAGUAAUGACAAUAAUUUAGAUUUUGAUCUAGAAAUUAGUUCUUUUCUUUUUAACAAAACCAGUUUUGAAAAGGCAUAG